AUGCGCCGACACAUGGGCCGAGAGUCUCGCGCCACGGCGAUCACCUGUGGCAGGGCGCCGGCGGAUUUACCUGAUGCAGGUACUCGAGUAACUCCCCGGAGAGGCCCACAGAGACACAGAGAAACUGGUCCGAUCCCAUCGUGCCACACUGUCGCUGUUUAUUCCCUUGUUUUGUUCUACCUGACGUCGUUGAUCGACUCAGCAAAAAGUUAUGAAAAAGAGAAAUAA